AAUUAACCCAAUGUCCGAAUAGCAGGUUAUGUUGGAAACGAGUAUCCAACGCGCGAUUGUUGCUUCUUGUCUUUAAAGAAUUUGGAGAACAUCCGGAUGUAAUCAAACUCAACAACGUGGCAAUGUCGUCGAAACGCGCAUAUGUCAGUUGCGACCUCGAGGAAGGCUAGAUCAGGAAGACGUUUCAUCGGUCUUGCUGAGCAACCAACGUGUCAUAUGCUGUAAUUACGAGUAUUUUCAAUUGAUAAAUGACUGUGACUUCCACAAGAUACUUCUCUUUCUACUUCCUGAAAUUAUGAAUGCAAUCAUGUAGAAUCUAGAGUCAGACAAGAGGAAGAUGACGCCGCAUUUUACAGCUUUGACUUCAGUGCGGAAGCGAUGCUUGAUUGUACUCUUAUUAGUCCUGGUACCAUGUGCGAUUUUGAAUCUACUGAUGCCUUCAGACAUGCAUGAAGAAGCUAUAUUGCAGAAUAGCAUUGCCGAAUUACAAGCUAAGCUGGAGCAUUUGCAUGCCAAGUAUAUUGGUAGUCAGGAGGAAAUAAAUCUGUUAUCGCAUCAACUACUACAGCUGAUUGAAAACAAUCACAUCCUGCCAGAUUUGCAACUGCUCAUCAAUAAUGGCACCUCUAAUAUUACCAGCAUCAAAUUGCCUUCAAUUUACAACUUUCUACCACAUUUUCUGAAUGAUCCAAAUAGCUUGCGUCCUGCAUUUGUGCAGAGCAAAGGUAGAUCAGGUGUAAGUAUAGUGUUGGGUGUACCAACAGUAAAGCGUGAGGUUCAGUCUUAUCUUAUGGCGACUUUGAAAAACCUGUUGGAUCGCAUGAACGCCUCGGAAACUGCGGACACGCUGAUCAUCGUUUUAGUGGCUGAAACAGACAUGGAUUAUGUAACAUAUGUUGCAAAGCAAAUUGAAGUCCAAUUUCCAAGCGAAUGUGAAGCUGGCGUUAUUGAUGUAAUAUCGCCAUCAUCAUCUUUUUAUCCAGAUUUGUCAAAAUUGCGGGAUACUCUCGGCGACGAUCAUCAACGUGUCGUAUGGCGAUCCAAACAGAAUCUGGACUUUGCCUUUCUCAUGUCCUAUGCUCAGACUAAAGGCACGUUUUAUGUGCAACUAGAGGAUGAUAUUUGGGCCAAGAAAAACUUUAUAACUACUAUGAAAACCUUUGCAUUGCAGAAGAUUGGUACAAAGGAGAAUUGGUUUGUCCUUGAUUUCUGUCAGCUCGGAUUUAUUGGAAAACUGUUCAAAUGUGUGGAAUUGCCUUGGCUGAUUCAAUUCUUUUUAAUGUUUCACAAUGACAAGCCUGUUGAUUGGUUGUUGGAUCAUUUGAUAUCGACCAAGGUCUGCAGUCUUGAUAAAGAUAGUAAACACUGUAAAAUGGCUAAAGCAGAAUUAUGGGUGCAUUAUAAGCCUUCUCUUUUUCAACACAUAGGAACACAUUCCUCUUUAAAGGGCAAAGUACAGAAACUCAAAGACAAGCAAUUUGGAAAGAUAACGCUGUUUUACGCUCACGAGAAUCCCGAGGCGACUGUAGAAACUCAAAUUAAACCUUACAAACAAUAUACAUUGCAAAAAGCAUACAAGGGUGAAUCAUUCUUCUGGGGUCUACUGCCACAGCCAGGAGAUCACUUAAAGUUUAAAUUUUCACAUCCUAUUUUUAUAAAAAAGUACUUAUUUAGGAGUGGAAAUCCUGAACAUCCAUCUGAUAGAUUUUAUAAUACGACAGUGGAAGUAUUGUCCGAGAUGUCUUCAUUGUUGGAUAGGAACAGUAAUGAUGUGACAGAGGAUGGUUAUGUUAUUAUAGGUAAAUUUGAUGUACUUGGUAUUGCUGAAGGGACUGUGGAUCGAAGAUUGGGUAGAAUAUCAGUGCUUCGUUUAACUAUACACAGUGAAAGCGAAAACUGGGCCAUUCUGUCCGAGAUUCAUAUAGUAGAGGAUCAACCUAGCUGACUGAGGGGUGAGAAUUCUCGAGCGUUCUUUCAAUACCAUCUGUACGGUUAGCGUAAGCGACUGGUUUUAUAACAUUUAUUAUUUUUACAUUUUCUAUUCCGCUAUCACACAUGUUAUAUAUUGAGUGGAGCAAUAUAGCAGUUAUUAGUUCAA